CCCCUCCCCCGCAGUGCCCACCUCGUGCCCGUGUUUUCCUUUGGCGAGAACGAGCUCUUCAACCAAGUGGAGAACCCGCCUGGGUCCCGUCUGCGGGCGAUACAGGACAAGCUGCAGAAGGUGAUGGGGUUGGCUCUGCCCCUCUUCCACGCCCGAGGAGUAUUCCAGUACAACUUCGGCCUCGUGCCCUUCCGUAACCCUGUCCACACUGUCGUGGGAAAGCCGAUCGCUGUGGAGCGGAAUGUGAGUCCGUCGCGGGAGGAUAUUGAGAAACUCCAUGGGGAAUACCUAGCUCAGCUUGUGGCUCUAUUUGAAGAGAACAAGACUAAGUAUGGCAUUGCAGAGAGUAGUCACUUGGAGCUGGUGUAGAGAGACUGGCAGUGUGCCCGCACACGUACAGAGACACUUUUGUAAUGCCAUUCAGACUGGCAUCGUCCUACUGUCAGUCUCCAAUAAACACCGGCUCACUGUC